CAUAAAUUUAUCAAAUUCUCUCUAUUUGUCUAGCGCACAGCACAGAGCAAAAAAGCUUUCCCAAUACUCAUCAAUGGCGGAGAAGAGCUUCAAGUACGUGAUCCUUGGUGGCGGAGUCGCAGCCGGAUAUGCAGCUAGGGAGUUUGCUAAACAUGGGCUUAAGCCAGGCGAGCUGGCGAUCAUUUCCAAAGAGGCGGUGGCUCCUUAUGAGCGUCCAACACUCAGCAAGGGUUAUCUUUUUCCCGAGUCUCCACCAAGACUCCCGGGGUUCCAUGUGUGCGUUGGGAGUGGAGGAGAGAGAUUGCUUCCCGAGUGGUACAAGGAGAAAGGAAUAGAAUUGAUCCUAAGUACAGAAAUAGUUAAAGCAGAUCUUGCUGCAAAAACCCUGAUAAGCGCUUCUGGAGAAACUUUCAAGUAUCAGAUUCUAGUUAUCGCAACUGGUUCAACUGUUGUCAGGCUGACAGAUUUUCGCGUACCAGGAGCUGAUGCCAAAAAUAUCUUCUACUUGAGAGAAAUUGAUGAUGCCGAUAAGCUUGUAGAAGUUAUUAAAGCAAAGAAGAAUGCAAAGGUCGUGGUUGUUGGAGGAGGAUACAUUGGCAUUGAGCUUAGUGCAGCUUUGAGAAUCAACAAUUUUGAUGUCAGCAUGCUUGUUCCUGAAAGUUGGUGCAUGUUUAGACUUUUCACUUCUGACAUAGCUGAUUUCUAUGAGAGUUAUUAUGAAAAGAAAGGAAUCAAAAUUAUUAAGGGAUCAGUUGCUGCUGGGUUUACCGCAGAUUCAAAUGGAGAGGUAAAGGAAGUCAAACUUAAAGAUGGCAGGGUGGUAGAAGCUGAUAUUGUUGUUGUUGGCGUUGGUGCAAGGCCCCUUACGGGGUUAUUCAAAGGUCAGGUUGUGGAGGAGAAAGGUGGGAUCAAGACUGAUGGAUUCUUUAAAACAAGCGUUCCGGAUGUAUAUGCUGUCGGUGACGUGGCUGCUUUCCCUUUGAAAAUGUAUAAUGACGUGAGAAGAGUUGAACAUGUUGACCAUGCACGCAAAUCUGCUGAGCAGGCUGUGAAGGCCAUCAAGGCAAGUGAGGAGGGGAAGACAAUUGAGGUGUACGACUACCUUCCAUACUUCUAUUCUCGAGAGUUUGAUCUCUCAUGGCAAUUCUAUGGUGACAAUGUUGGUGAGACGGUGCUAUUUGGGGACAACAAUCCAGCAUCCCCAAAUCCAAAGUUCGGAACGUACUGGAUCAAAGAUGGGAAGAUUUUUGGAGCUUUCCUGGAAGGUGGGAGUCCUGAAGAAAACAAGGCUAUUGCCAAAGUUGCAAGGGUUCAACCUUCUAUUGAGAGUCGUGAUCUGCUAGCAAAAGAGGGCAUUGCCUUCGCCUCUAAGAUUUAAUUAUUAAUGGUCUGAUCUUUUUGGCAUCGGUUUUCUUCGAUUUAUUAUGUUAAUUACAUAUGGUUUGGCUGUGUAAGUUAUUGGGAUAUAUGUGUAAUGGUUCUGAAUAUAUGGUAUUGUAUUGCGGGAUGAAUAAGGUAAAAUGGAUGUGUUGGCAAUGGAAUGGGGAUGAAUGCAGGUAAUGUGUUUGUGAAAA